GCCCUUUCUUCUAGGUUAAGGAGUUUCCGCCUGUAUUUUGUCCCACCCCCCUUCAGCUCCCAGACCAUCGCGCUGCUCGACGGUCAACGGGGUCCCGUAUUGCCUCUUCCCUUUCACAUUGCUUUUCACGUCCCUCGACGCUUGACUGCUUUGACUGGCACGGUAUUCUUCACGCCCAUUCCGUCUUUGGCUUCUGCAGCAUUGCUUCCACGCUUUGCACCACAUUCGUUUAUCUGCCACCACCGCGACAACGACGAGGAGAUUUCACUAGUCAACAGAGCAGAACUCGUUUCUACCUCUCGAACUCACUCCUCUACUGCCCUCCCCCCUCGCAUCCAGUCUCACAAGGCAACUUGCGAAACAACAAUCUGAACGAACCAACAAACAUCGAGGCCACGCACAAACACAACGUCGAUGCUCGAAUAAUCUCUCGCUCGGAAUCCUCCCCCCUUCGUAAUGGAGCGAGUCUCAUCCUUCCUCAGCAAUCGUUCGUCCAGGUCCAACUCUGCCACAUCCAACACCAUUCUCCACGAGAAGUCCGAACUCCCACCACCUUCCCAACACAAGAAGACCAAACUCCGAAUGCGCGCGUUACUCGGACACUGCCUUUACAGGCGGGUGACGCUAUGGAGCGUCCUGAUCUUGGUCAUCAUGUCCAUGGUCCUGCUGAAGACAGCCGUCCACACCAAGAACGGCAGGGUCGUAGGCGGCGACGGGUUCCUCAGCGGUAACAGCCCUGAGGAGCAGAACACCAACCACCCCGUCUGGAUUGGCUAUAAGCAUCUCAAUGGCUACUUCAACGGCCUCAAGUCGCUCGUUCCCGUGUCCAACCACACGGCGGAGUGGCCCAACCCCGGGUACAAGGAACCCAUCACGGAGGUCACCCUGACCCACGAGACGGCGCCUCUUCCCAAACCGUACAGGCCUCAGCCUGAUUACGAGUCGGCCGCGUACCUCGCUGCCCACCCUCGCGUCAACGAGUGCUUCUUGGACGAGAAGAAGACGCCUGUGCCCGACACCUGGGCUUUCCAGGGUCUGCCUCAGUCAAUGCCCGACCCGGCUCUCGGCGACUACAACAUCCUCGGUAUCCGCAAUGAUAUCUGCUUCGACCGCUUCGGUCGCUAUGGCCCCUAUGGUCUCGGUUACAGCGCCCAAGAGGGCGGCACCGGCGAGGGCUUGGACACCGAACGCUCCGGCUCGGAAGUUGUCUGGUCGAAGACUGGUAAGAUCGACUACACCAACGUCGACUGGGGUGAUGCUCAGGAGCGCUGUGUCGCCCGCAACCAGCACCGUUUCGUCAAUGAGACGGAUGAGGUCAGGGACCCGACCCUCGGGCCUGCCAAGGGCAUUCAGAAGCUUGAGCGAACUGCUGUCCUCGUCCGUACCUAUGUUGGUUUCCGUUGGACUCAGCAUGUCAUCCUCAACUUCCGCGCCAUGAUUGCUGAGCUUGCUCUCAAGUCGGGCGGCGAGUACACCCUUCACUUCCUCCUUCAUGUGAAGAACCUCGAUGCUCCCAUCUGGUCGGACCCUUCGGUUGUCCAGGACAUCCUCGACGCCAACGUGCCGGCCGAGUUCCACACCAUUUGCACCCUCUGGUCUGAGGCUCAGAUGCGUCUCUACUAUCCUGGCACCUUUUCCGAACCCUUCGAAAACCCCUCGAACCGCGACAUUCACGGCGUCUACCGUUCUGCGCACAUGCCAAUGCAGAUUUUCGCCCUGCAGCAUCCUGAGUACGCUCACUUCUGGAAUUGGGAGCUCGACAUGCGUUACACUGGCUCCUACUAUGAGCUGUUUGACCGUGCCGCAGCUGGGCCAAGAAGCAGUCGCGCUGCGUACGCCCCCCACCCUGUCUACCUCGACCGUGGAUGGCAGUACGAACAGAUCGAGGCUGCCUUCAAUGGCGGUCGCGAUGGCACGUCAGGUGGCCCUGGCAGCCCCUUCGAUAUUGAGAACGAGCACAACCACAAGGGCACUAGCUGGUACUUCAACUCUGAGUUUGCCGGACUUACAUGGCGCCGCUGGCUCGGCUACGCCCAGAUGGAUGGCCGAACCAAUCGCGCUGGUGAGGGAACGAUGCGUGGUGGUCUCCAGGAGGAGUCCUCGGCGAUGAGUUCCGGCCGCAUGUGCUUGCGCAGCAUGCUGGUGCAUCCCAUCAAGUUCGAGAACCCAGAUGAGCGCUCAUAG